AUGGAUGCAUCUACGCCGCGACAUCCUGACCGAUUCAAAUCAGUGGAUCCAAUUCCUUCAUCCUCACCUGCAUUUGGGACACCAGCACGUCCAUUUCGGAUAAACAAAUCAAAUGCGCCCCUUACAAAAACAUCAAUUCUGCCAAUCUUACUUCCUCCUUCGACUCUACGCCCAGUGGCUUUCCGAACAUUCACUCGCAAACACAACUUGACAAUCUCGUCUGCCGCACUUCAAACGUUGGCGGUGUUUGUGGGAAAGAAUUGUGGCUCAGGAUGGCGCGAAGAAGGACUAGCAGAACGCGUUCUGGACGAGGUUGCUAAGAUAUGGAAAAGAGCCGGAGGAGGUGUGAUCGUCGAAGAAGGCAAAGGUGCCUCACUGAAAACGAUACUCCAGACACUAGAAGGUAGUAUGAGUGGUGGAAGAGUUGUUGCUGGUAAAUCAACGAGUGUCAGUUCAAAGCCCUCCACGCUUGGUAUGGAUGAUGGGCGGAUGGAAACCAGUGGGGAGAAUCCCCAGGGACCAAAUGAUGAAGAUGAUAUGCAAUUGUCUUUUCAUCCAAGACAUUGGCUCAAAGUGAUUGAUGCCUUCAGUCUUCCACGCUUGACUUAUAAUGUCGAUAAGAAAUACUUCGAAGCUAUCAAGUCGAAGCCGUCAUUGUUUCCUUCGCCCUCCCACAAAACCGCACUUUUCCGAGAUCGAUAUAACCUUGUAUACCAGCGAUUGCUCCGAAAUGAGUCAUUUCAAAGCUCCUUGGGUGUUGCUGGUGUCCCUUUACUACAACGCGCAUCAUCUAAUAUUGCUCAACGGCAAUCCUACAAACUAACACCAAUUGCGAACUUGCUGGGCAGAAGUGGGACCUCACAUCUGAUCCUAGGGUUGCUUUCUAUCUCUCCUACAGGAGAUCUAUCACUAGUCGACCUGACUGGAAGCUUGGCACUAGAUCUGAGUCAUGCGCGGAUGAUACCAGAAGACGGCGCAUGGUUUGCACCUGGAAUGAUUGUACUUGUUGAUGGCGUUUACGAAGAGGAAGAGAUGGUAAAAGGCGCCGUGUUGGGCGGAAAUUCGGGGAUUGGAGGUGCGAUCGGAGGCCAAUUUGUUGGCAUAUCAAUCUGCGGGCCCCCGUGCGAACGACGAGAUAUUUCGCUAGGAACAAGUAGUCGCCACGACAGUGGACAACUGGGCACCAGUGGCGGUUUUGGAUGGGUCGAUUUCCUCGGUCUAGGAAGUGAACGCGCACAAGGUGCACGCAUGAGAAGAAUCCAAGAAAAAUGCCUGCGAGGUGAACUGGAGGCCGCUGAAACCACUACUCGCCUCAAGAUUGCAGUCAUGAGUGAAAUCAACCUCGACAAUAUGAAAACUUUGGAUGCUUUGAAGAAGGUCUUCAGUACCUACAAUGAUUUGGCUCUAUCCGAACGCCCACAAGCUUUCGUUUUAAUUGGCAACUUUGUGCGAAGAGCUGUCAUCAGUGGAGGCGGUCGAGCUGGAAGCAUCGAGUACAAGGAGUAUUUCGACUCUUUGGCGUUAGUCUUGUCUGACUUCCCAGCAUUGCUACAGCACUCGACUUUUGUCUUUGUGCCAGGUGAUAACGACCCUUGGGCAUCAGCAUUCUCUGCCGGUGCAGCCUCCACAGUACCGCGCCAACCUAUCCCAGAGCUUUUUACCUCCCGUGUCCAACGUGCAUUCGCAACAGCGAACUCGGAGCUGGACAAAGCACAAAAUCCUGAACCCACAGGUGAGGCAAUAUGGACCUCCAACCCGGCCCGCCUCACAUGGUUCGGGCCACUACAUGAUAUCGCCAUCUUCCGUGACGACAUCUCAGGAAGACUCAGACGGAGCGCUGUUAACACCUCUCUUGACAACGAAGAAUCAGACGUCACCAUGGAUGAGCCAUCAAGUAGUGUGGCUGGCGACGCAGGCUUUAUUGCACCAGAAAAUCCGAACGAUAUGAACCAGGAAGACAGUGCCAAAACUUCCACUGCUUCAUCUGGGGUGUCGAUGGCCCGCCGGCUUGUCAAGACAAUCUUAGACCAAGGGACGGUCUCACCAUUCCCGUUACCACUGCGCCCCGUCUUAUGGGACCAUGUCUCCUCCCUGCAGUUAUACCCGUUGCCUACAGCAUUGGUAUUGGCAGACCCCGAAACUGCACCAUUUUGUAUGACCUAUGAGGGCUGCCAUGUUAUGAAUCCCGGAAGAUUGGUACCUGAAGGUGGCGUUUCAAUGGCGCGGUGGGUAGAGUAUGAUGUGCUUCGGAACCGAGGAAAAGUUAGAGAAGAGCGUUAUUAA